AUGUUUUAAUGGAACCCAACUGGAAGUGGCGUAAUCUGGGCGUAAAUGGUACCGGACAAAAGCGAAACGUUACUACGGACCUAUCAGAAACUCUUCGGAACAUGUUUCCACCCAAGUCGAUUCCUCAUUUAACUCUAAAUGACGAAGAUGAACCGGAUAAAACCGUGAACGUUUCGCCGCCCAAUCUAACACCAGAAGACGUGGGCGUGGGCGACGAAAUUGACAAAAAAGAAUUCGAAAACAGCAAUAUCACUACCAUUAAAACGGACACUCACGUUUUUUACAACAGCGCUGUUUAUUUAGACAAUAGCGAGCCUUUUCAUGGAAAUGAUUUUUGGGUAAACAUGGAAAACAACAGCGAUGUUAAAGUGAACGAUCUGUUAUCGAGUUCGCAUAGGAGAGCAGAGGUAACUUUUACUAGUUUAUCACUUAAAUAGUGAUAUUUGGUAGUA